AGGAGCAAUAGCGGCAGAGUGAAAGAGUGAAGGAUCGGGAAGGAGGGGGGAAGGUAAAAGCCAGAUUUUUAUUGGAAGCAGUUGAAGUGGUUGCUAUGAGACCCGCUCAGAGCACAGGACCAACAGCCAGCCUGACGCUGAUGGUUCUUACCUCUCGUACUAAACCUUUCUUUUGACACAGUUUUAGGGCUGCUUAAUAUCUGAGCAAGCACCUGACACAGGCGACUUUUUCCUUCUUUAUUCUACUCCGGUCCCUCCGGUAAGAUGGAGGUAGAAAGCGAAGCCAGCUGCUCCCCCAGCAGCGCAUCAGCAUCAGGCGGGUCCAGAGAGUACAAGGUGGUAAUGCUGGGAGCAGGGGGAGUUGGUAAAAGCGCAAUGACGAUGCAGUUUAUUAGUCAUCAGUUUCCUGAUUACCAUGACCCCACUAUUGAAGAUGCUUAUAAGACCCAAGUCAGGAUCGACAAUGAGCCAGCUUAUCUGGACAUCCUGGACACUGCUGGUCAGGCGGAGUUCACAGCCAUGCGGGAGCAGUACAUGCGAGGCGGGGAGGGAUUCAUAGUCUGCUACUCCGUCACCGACCGCCAAUCAUUCCAGGAGGCUGCCAAGUUUAAAGAGCUCAUUUUUCAGGUCCGUCACACCUAUGAAAUUCCCCUGGUGCUGGUGGGUAACAAAAUUGACCUGGAACAAUUCCGCCAGGUCUCUACAGACGAAGGCUUGGGUCUGGCCCGAGAAUAUAACUGUGCUUUCUUCGAGACCUCUGCAGCCCUCAGAUUCUGCAUUGACGAUGCCUUUCAUGGCUUAGUGAGGGAGAUCCGCAAGAAGGAGUCUGUGCCAUCCUUGACGGAAAAGAAGCUGAAGAGAAAAGACAGCCUGUGGAAGAAGUUAAAAGGCUCACUGAAGAAGAAGAGAGAAAACAUGACAUGAUAGCCUUACUUCUAACGCCCUUACUCUUUCUCUCAGAAUUCGAUCAGGUGGACAAUUCCGGAUGUUGCAUUCUGCUUCAUUUCUCUGUCUCUGUCCCUGCCUGUCUCCCUCCAUAUCUGCCCGUAGGUUAAAGCAAGAUCUGCAUAACUGUACCUCUUGAGAUAGUUGUGUUUUGCCCUUAACAGUUGGAUGAGUUUUGUCAAUCAGCCGGAUAUGCUGUUUAGUUUUUAUAAUAUAUGACUAAAUAAAAUCGACAUUCCAAUUGACUCAUUUCCCUUCAAAGAGUCUAGCUUCAUUUGCUAUGCUGUCUGGUUAUAGAGGAAACAUUCAAAAAUUGCAGACAGAAUGAUAAAAGGCUCAGGGGAUCUGCCUUUGCCUGAUAAGACUCUGGUUGUUUGCAUGUCAGGAAUGUCAGUAAAUAACCAAGCCGCUCAGGAAACCAUUCAGAGCAGGAGUCUGCAGCCUGGUAUUUCCUUAAAUGCAGAAGUUGUGGCACUGCUUCCUGAAUGCUCCAUAGGUUGCCCUUAGAGGAAUUAUUAAUAAUAGAAACUGGUUAUGGGCCACUGGAGGACU